GAUUUUUCUUCAGGUUCUAAAAUCCUUUAAAGGUUCAAAAAGGAACGCAUGCCAUACAACAGAGAAUCUCGUUCACAAGUUCCAUGAUGGCCCUCUUCUCCUCCUCCCACUCUUCUGUCUUCUUCUCCUCAAGCCUAAAUAAUCCAGUUCUUCUCUCUGCCUCUAAAGAUUUCCCAUCAUCCUUCUUCUUCUGCAACAAAACUCCCUCUAAAACCCUUCAUAUCACAUUCAAAAACCCCACAACUGAAAAAUCUACAUUCCCCUCCUUAAUCCCAUUCUCCUCCCUCUCAGAACCCACACCCGAACCAGAUAAUGAACCGACUCAAAAACCCAGUCCGGAUCCCAAUGCAAAUCCCACCCCAACUCCAAUCAGCAUCACUGAUGAGUGGGGCGAAAAGAUAGAACCCGAACCAGAACCUGAAUACCCGAAAGAUUCCGAUGCGGAUCCUCCGAAGGAUGAUGAUGAGUGGGAGGAGGAGUAUGUUGCUGUAGAAAAUGGCAGCGCUGCUAAGGGUACAGGCGUGGUGUUGGAAAAGGAUGAUAGAUUAGGGGACUUGAAAAGGUGUUUGGUUGAUACGGUUUAUGGCACGAAUUUCGGGUUUCAGGCCAGCUCGGAAGUUAGGGGCGAAGUUUUAGAGUUGGUUAAUCAGUUGGAAGCUGUGAACCCUAUUCAAGCACCCGUGGAUGCAACUGGGAUCCUCGAUGGCAACUGGGUUUUGUUGUAUACUGCAUUCUCUGAGUUGUUGCCACUUCUAGCAGUUGGUACAAUGCCAUUGUUGAAAGCUGAAAGUAUAUCCCAAGCAAUUGAUACCAGCAAUCUCUCCAUUGUGAACUCCAUCACAUUGUCAAGCCCUUUUGCCACUUUCUCAUUCAGUGCAUCUGCCACAUUUGAAGUUCGAACUCCUUCAAGAAUACAGGUUGAAUUCAAGGAAGGCACCCUGCAACCUCCAGAGAUUAAGUCCAGCAUUGAUCUCCCAGCAAAUUUGGAUCUUUUUGGUCAGAAUAUCAAUUUGUCUCCUGUGCAGCAAUCUCUUAAUCCUUUGCAGGAGGUAGUGUCAAAUAUUUCAAGAACCAUUUCUGGUCAGCCACCACUUAAAGUUCCCAUUCCGGGUAAUCAGUCAAGGUCGUGGCUUCUUAUUACGUACCUCGAUAAGGAUUUACGUAUCUCUAGAGGGGAUGGUGGUCUUUUUGUUCUAGUUAAAGAAGGAAGUCCUCUUCUAGAUCAGUAGCCAUCUGCACAGUGCUAUCUGGGCAGCACUCACAAAUGGUCUUCAGUUUUUUCUUUUGACACCUACAUUCAAAAAAACCUUUUUCUCAUACAAUCUUAUAGAAAGUGAUAAUGAAGAUGCUUGUAGCUCUAUUUGUUGUAGUUGGUGGGCUGGGAACAGAGUAGAACAAUUUGAGAGCAUUACAGUACAUUAUAAUUGUAAGAUAUUUUAUAAUAUUCUUGCGCAAUAUGAGUUAGCUGCGCUUGAAGUAGAA